AUGACAGUAAAUUCCAACGAUGUUAUUCGAUUGGCUCAAGCCAUCAGACUGGCUGCCAAAAACAACAGCACCAAAUUCCUGCGUGCCUGGUUCUAUGUACCACUGGGAAUCACAGUAAUGCUUGCAGCCUGUUUUGGGAUCGAUUCGCUAUUUCACAAGUUCAAUGUUGCAUUCCCUGCUUCUGUCACUUGCAUGAUGUUGCUAUUCCUUGCCCUCAUCGCCAGUGAGUCAUCAUUAGGGACUCAUAAAACUAGAGAGUUGAUCAAUAUUAUCGAUGUACCCGCUGGCUGGUCACUUCGAUGGAUGGGUGUCUUCUUUACGCCAUCAUUCGUCCUCCUACCUCUAAGUCCGCCCAUAGGAAUUGUCGAGGUCAUGAUUAUAAUUGCAAUUUUCAUUAUUGGUUUCUUUGUCAUGAUGGCUCUGGUAGCCUGGAUCACUCGUACUCUUCAACUUGCUCUCGGCGUCUCAAGACGUUCCAAAUCUCAGCGAGCUGAAGAACUCGGUCGUCAGACACCAGACAUUCCGAUGUGUGAGAUUCAGACUCCUGGUAUCUCGCGCCGUACAAGCAUCUCUCAUGCCGGUUCCCAGGUUCCCCUUAUAUCUGCAUCAGUGCCGAAUUCAGGGCCAGCCUCGGCAGCGCCAUCCCGUCCUCAGACUCCACCACAGUUACGGCUCCAGGAACAUCACUACUCGAAUGGUAAUGCUCCUGAUACUUCAAUUGAAUCUCUCAGUAUACCUACUGUCCUCCCACAAAUUCCUUUGCCGCCGCCCAAGGUCGAGUUGUGGGCGGCGCGUAUUUCAGCAAACAUCGAUGUGGCGACAUUCGCGGGACUGCUUUUCUUCAUUGGCAUCCCUAUAUAUUACUCGACCGGUUACGGUAUGCCUAUUCAUCUGGCUGUCAACGUUCUCGCUUGGUUUGCUGCCAUGGCCAUUCCUCCAAAGUGGAAACAGUUCCUCCAUCCAGUCCUAGUAUCGUCUUUCGCAACAGUGUUCAUCAUAUGGGCACUUGCAGCAAUUCGCACCGAUAGCUUGACGUCAACACUUCACGCAUACCGUACUGGAGCAAAGUACAUAGAGUUAUGGCGCCGCGCAGCACAGAAGCAGGAUCUUCUUCCCGGUGCAGGAGAUGUCUUUGGUACUCUUCUCGACGCCAGCAUUGUGGCCCUCGCCUUGCCCAUGUUUCAGUACCGUCGUGAGCUCCGCACGCAUUUCAUCUCCAUUGUCGUGCCAAACGUUGCUAUCAGCGUGGGUUCUCUGCUGGCAUACCCACCCUUGUGUUACGCAUGCGGAAUCUCGGCAGCCCGCAGUCUCGCAUUUGCAUCGCGCAGCUUGACGCUCGCACUCGCCGUCCCCGCGACUGUGAACCUCGGUGGCGAUGUCAAUACAGCAGCUGCGUUGGCUAUCAUCAGUGGGAUUUUGGGCGCUGUACUUGGAGGGCGUAUAUUGCGCUGGCUGCGAGUUCCCGAGGAUGAUUACGUGACUCGCGGAGUGACACUGGGCGUUAACUCGAGCGCCAUCGCGACGUCCGUGCUGUUACGGACUGACCCUCGAGCUGCGGCUUUGUCGAGUUUGUCUAUGAGUUUGUUUGGAACAAUCACUGUCUUGUUCACUUCCAUACCACCCGCAGCAACAUUUGUACGAGGGUUUGUAGGUUUAUGA